GGAUCAAUCAAUCAGUUUUGGUCAAAUCCACCAAACUGCAGUGGUUGCGCCAUAAAAUGUGACAACUGUUAAAUCCUUCUCAACUGCUUGAGCAGCAGUGGAGUGGUCCAUCUCCACGGUCUAGAUGCAGAUAAGAUGGAGAGCCCUGAAGGCCUCUGCCCACUCAUUAAUUUGCAGCACAGCGCGUCCUCGGAUGCUGCGCCUCCGCUCGUCUCUGCUGCGCAGCCGCACUUUCUCCGGGAGGCUGAAGGCGCAGGCGGCAGACGAGAAAAUGGCCCUCGACAAUCUGAUCGUCGCCCAGUGCAUCCUCUAUUUUCUGGCCUUCGUGUUCGGUUUCAUCGCCGUAGUGCCGCUGUCGGAGAACACAGAGGACUUCGGGGGGAAAUGCCUGCUGUUCACGCGUGGGAUGUGGCAAAAUGAGAACAUCACCGUGUCGAAGCAGCGCUUCAUCGUGGAGGAGUGGGGACCCGAGUCCUCCUGCAGCUUCAGCACUUUUGUCGGGAUUGCAUCCCUCAUCCUGUCCGCAGUGCAGGCAUGGAGGCUGCUGUUCAUUUUGUGCAAAGGACACGACGACUCCUUUUUCAAUGCCUUCCUCAACCUGAUGAUCAGCUCCCUGGUGAUGUUCACAGUCUUCCUGUCCAGCACCAUUGUCAGCGUGGGUUUCAACCUGUGGUGUGACUCCAUCACUGAGAGUGGGACCAUGCCUAACAGCUGUGAAGAGUUGCAGGACACAGACCUAGAACUGGGCCUGGAUAAUUCUGCCUUCUAUGACCAGUUUGCAAUAGCUCAGUUUGGCCUCUGGGCUGCCUGGCUCACCUGGCUUGGGAUCACAGUGUUAGCUUUCCUAAAGGUCUACCAUAACUACAGACAGGAGGACCUCCUUGACUCCCUGAUCCAUGAGAAGGGAUUGCUGCUCGGUCGCUCCUCGCGCUGUGGCUCUGACCUCAAGACUGGCCUGAUCUAGAAACAAUAGGCUGCAACACUCACAUCUCUGCCCUACAGUGCUUGCCACAUGCUUACAUACACUCAUCAUCCACAUGGAUCUCAUUUUAGAUAUUAAUGAGGCGUUUGGACAUUUUUGUCCCACAGUGGACUGAUAAUACAACAGACAACUAAAAUGGAUUUUAAAAACAAUUAGAUCCACAAGUUCUCUUUAAUCUAUUGAUGGUCAAAAUGUUACGUAAAGGCUAAGUUGUAGAGAAAUUAAAUGACAUUUGUGGCCUUUAACAAGCUUGCUUUAUGAUUCCAGCUUGAUUUUUGACAGCUCGUCUUAGCUGAAUUGAUAGAUUUCAUUGGUUUGCUCGCACUGACCCAGCUUUUAAACAUAGUUUAUAUAUUUUCUGUAUAUUUUGAAGUCCAUGCUUUAUGAAAGCUUAUUGUUAGCUUGCUUUAUCUAUUCCAAAGCCUCUUUUCAUGUGUUUAGGAUGAUAAUCCUGUUGGAGAACUCAAUCUUUUCCAAGUUUUAACUAUCGAAUCCCAACUGGCCCCCUAAGAUGAAAUGCAGAUGGUUAUUUAUCUGGCUCAGGUAAAUCGUGUACUGGAAGAUGCUGGAACAGCAGUGACCACAGACAAGGUGCAGAUAAACCUUAUUUUAUCACCAAAAUCGAUAACUUCAAGCUUGGCUGAAAUUUGUCACCACCCCCUUGGACAACCCAAAUGCCUUCUGGGUAAAGGUUUUAUGGUCGAAUAAGACAAAGAUUGAGCUGUUUUACCUCAAUGGCAAGCAGGUUUUAGAGUCAAGGGAAGGCUUUUAAACUUAAAAAGGAUGGUGGUGUCAGCAUCGUGCUGUGUGCUGUUUUGCUACCAGUGGUACUCUUACAUUAACUAAAGUAGGUGGAAUAAUGAAGACAGAGGACUAUAUUCAUCCACUUCACCUCAAAUUAACAGCUAGAUUGGUAAAACCUGGACACAGCUAGGUGUUCCAACAGGACAAUGAUUCCAAACACAAACCCAAACUGCUAAUGUCAUGCUUUUGAAAAGCCCUGACCUUGAAUAUUUUUGAAAAACUGAGGGCUGUUCUUAAAAUCUGGGAUAUGAAACCAACCAAUUUAAACAAACUCUACCACUUUAGCAAUAAAAGAUGAACAAUCAAAUGUCCAGCAAGAUUCAUGAAAGAAACUUUUUUGAUGGCUAUCAAAGUGCGUACUCAGUGUGCAACCAAGGGGCUUUAAACCAAGCAUUAUUGGAGAUGGAUGUUUAUAUUUGAGUCCAUAUUCAUAAUUAUAAACAUGUGUUGAUUAUUCUGAUUUUUAAAAUUCAGUAAAGUGAGUUGUUGUACCAUCAGUUCAUCCUAAGAAACAGUUCAAAUGUAUCUUUAAAAGCCCAAAAUGGAUAUGACAGUUCAGGUGAGUUUAUGCAAACCUGUGACUAGAACUGUAGGUUCUUAUCUGCCAUAAGAUUCACCAACGUUUGCCUGUGGAGACAAUCAAAACCAAUUGGCUUCUGCUUCCAUUGUCCGUGGAUCAAAUCAAAUGGAUCGUUUUCUUCUUUGGAUGAAACUCAUACUUAGUCAAAAAUCCGCGUGUAUUGAUUACCGCUUAUUGAUCAUAAACCACCAGAAAUAUAGACUUGAGUUUUCCUUAACUCAGAAUUUUCUAGAGUUUAGCCACUCAGUAUUAAUGAGUUGGAAAAUUUGGUAAAGGAUCGUGUUUCUUUGAAAAGUUGUUUGCAUGCUACCCAGUGCAUGACAAAUUGAGAAGAUGGUUUUUAGAUAUAAAGAGGCGUAAUAACUGUUUUCUGGUCUUCUCUAGAUACAUGUUCUCCUUAGGUAGGCUUUUCAUUCUGAAAAGGUACAUCUUGGUGAACCGAGAAUUAUUUGCAUGCUUCAGCAAAGUAGAACAACCUGUGAUUUUGCAGUGUGUUUACACAACAACUACAAAGAGCUGUUUAUGACAAAUUGCAGCUCAAAGCGUUAAUAUAUUUAGCAGCUAGUCCAAAAAAGCUUUUAGCAUUUAGUAUGAUAUAAAAGAAACAAACAGAAUAUAUGAUGUGUAGUUUAGUGACUGGUGCUGCUUCUUCUCACUUAAUAGGCUACAAAACCAAUAUAUUUUACUACUGUGAUAUACAUGUAUUUAUACCUGCAUGCAUUUCCUUGGCUGUUACAUCACAUCCUAGACUGGUCAGGAGGAGCACAAGCACGUUACGUAACUUUGAUAGGCAAUGACAGUUUUAUUCAAAACAACUGAAAUCAUAAAACAGGAACCAAGACAACCCUCUGUAAAGGCACUUCUCUCAAAGUGACCAUAAAUGUUCAGACAGCAGUAAAAAGCAGCUAAGUGUGGAUACAAAGCACAUGAGUUUACUGGGAAUCCUUUUAUUGCUAAUGACAAUUUAGUUUGACAGUAUGGAGCUGUGGGUGUUUUUUUUUUUUUUCCUGUGUGCAGGCAUUGCUUUGCCAUAUAUUGCUUAAAAAUUCAAAUGUGAGAUCUCCACAAUCAGACACAAUCAUGUUGAUAUCCCUGAAACCUGUCAUGCAGAGAGCACUGUUCUAAUGAAAACUGUGCUGUGUGUUAUUGCUCAUAACAAGAGGUAUGUGCAUCACUCUGCCCUUUAAUUUCUAUAUAGCCCAUUUGUGUGCAAGUUUGGCUGUUUUUCUGAAAUUUCUGCUUCAUUCGAUAAAGGGACUCAUAUAUAACUCAUAGCCACAAUAAAUAUAUACACAUAUAUAUAUAUAUAUAUUAUACAUCUCUGUGUUUA